UGCACAGCGCACACGACCGAGGCGCCGCGCGCCGCCGGCUGACGACGAGCUUCCGCAGUUUUGGAGCGACUAUAUUGCGACACAGGCGCGCGCUCGCCGACUCGUCGCGCGUCGUGCGUCGCGUGUUUACACUCCGGUGACAGUCCCCGCGGGCUGGAGUGGGCGCGAGCACCAGUGCCGGCACUCGAGGCACUCCCGCUAAUAGGUUGCGGAACGGUGGCGGCGGCAGGGGAGCAGUGAGCGCGCGCCACGCUGGAGGCGCUGCGUCGCCACUCGCGGCAGAUCGCCGCGCGCCGCGAGCGCCGCGUACAGUUCACGGAGCGGACGCGGGAUGGCGCGCGCAGCGGAGAUGGCGCCGAGAGCGGAGGCUCGGAGAUGUCGGCUGGCAGCGGUGGUGGCGGUGGCGGCGACGCGCGGCGGCCGUCCACCUGCCGCGUGGAGCUGGGCGCGCUGCUGGCGCCGGAGCCGCGCCCGCUGGACAACAAGGUCAAGCGGCACAGUAUCCAUGGAAUGACGGAGGAGGAAAAUGUGGUGCGGCCGCACCAGGAGAUGGCGGUGCUGUCGCUGGAGGAGAAGAAAUAUCUGCUGGGCGUGGAGCGUGGCGACGUGGCGGGCACGCGGCGAGUGCUGCAGCGGGCACGCGACACCGGCCACAUCAACGUCGACUGCGUCGAGCCACUUGGCCGCAGCGCGCUGCUCAUGGCCAUCGACAACGAGAACCUCGAGAUGGUGGAGCUGCUGCUGGAGUUUGGCGUGGAGACGCGCGAUGCGCUGUUGCAUGCUAUCUCUGAGGAGUUCGUCGAGGCUGUAGAGGCGCUGCUCGACCAUGAGGAGCGUACACGGAAGCCUGGCGAGCCUAAUGUUGACAUAUUACAGAGUUGGGAGGCGCUACCGCCGGAGACGGCGACGUUCACGGCGGACAUCACGCCGCUGAUACUGGCGGCGCACCGCGACAGUUACGAGAUCAUCAAGCUGCUGCUGGACCGCGGCGCGGCGCUGCCGGUCCCGCACGACGUGCGCUGUGGUUGCGACGAGUGCGUGCGCUCGCGCCGCGAGGACUCGCUGCGCCACUCGCGUUCGCGCAUCAACGCGUACCGUGCGCUCGCCUCUCCUUCACUUAUCGCGCUCUCUUCUAAGGACCCCAUAUUGACAGCAUUCGAGCUGUCGUGGGAGCUGCGGCGGCUUUCGGCGCUCGAGCAUGAGUUUAAGACUGAGUAUCAGGAGCUGCGCACGCAGUGUCAGGAGUUCGCUACGGCGCUGCUGGACCACACGCGCACCUCGCAUGAACUGCAAGUGUUGCUCAACCACGAGACGGGUUCGCCACAAGUACCGCUACCAGAGCCAGGCGCGCCGGAGAGGAUGCGCCUCUCUAGACUUAAACUUGCUAUAAAACUAAGGCAAAAAAAGUUCGUGGCGCACCCAAACGUGCAGCAGCUGCUGGCGUCCAUCUGGUACGAGAGUGUGCCGGGCUUCCGGCGCAAGAACAUGCUGCUGCAGGCGGCUGAGAUGGUGCGCAUCGGUGCCAUGUUCCCGCUGUACUCGCUCGCGUACAUCGUGGCGCCACACUCCUCCGCCGGCCGCACGCUGCGCAAGCCCUUCAUCAAGUUCCUGUGCCACUCCGCGAGCUACUUCAUGUUCCUAUUUCUACUGAUACUGGCAUCGCAGCGAAUCGAGACUGCGGCAGGAGGAUUGCUAUGGGGCGCAGCGCCACAUGGCGAGCCCCUGUCUCGGCGCGGUGCUCCGCCCUCACUCGUCGAAUGGCUUAUCCUUGCGUGGGUUAGCGGUUUGAUAUGGAGCGAGGUGAAGCAACUGUGGGACAUGGGGCUCCGGGAGUACGUGCACGACAUGUGGAACGUGAUCGAUUUUGUAACGAACUCAUUGUACGUCGCCACGGUCGCGCUACGGAUCGUUUCACACUUUCAGGUGCGGCGGGAGAUGGCAGCCGGCAUGCAGUGGAACCAGCCGCGUGAGCAGUGGGACGCCUGGGACCCGAUGUUGCUGUCCGAGGGCCUGUUCUCCGCAGCCAACAUAUUCAGCAGCCUCAAGCUGGUGUACAUCUUCAGCGUGAACCCUCACCUGGGCCCGCUGCAAGUGUCGCUCAGUCGGAUGGUGCUCGACAUUCUCAAGUUCUUCGUCCUGGACAUAUUGGUGAUCUUUGCGUUUUCAUGCGGUCUGAACCAGCUCCUGUGGUACUACGCGGACAUGGAGAAGAAGCGCUGCACGACCGGCGGCACCUCGCUCACUGCCAACGGCACCUUCCCAGACCCUGAUGCCUGCAUCGUGUGGCGUCGGUUUGCCAAUUUGUUCGAGACUAUGCAAACGCUAUUUUGGGCAGCGUUCGGAUUGGUUGACUUGGACUCGUUCGAACUGGACGGCAUCAAGAUCUUCACACGGUUCUGGGGUAUGCUCAUGUUCGGCACCUACGCCGUGAUCAACGUCAUCGUGCUACUCAACCUGCUCAUCGCCAUGAUGAACCACUCCUACCAACUUAUUUCUGAGCGGGCGGACGUGGAGUGGAAGUUCGCGCGCAGCAAGCUGUGGAUCAGCUACUUCGAGGAGGGCGGCACGGCGCCGCCGCCCUUCAACGUGCUGCCGUCGCCCAAGUCCGCGCUGUACGCCUGGCGCUGGCUGCAGCGCCGGCUGUGCGGCCACGCGCGCGCCAAGCGCGAGCACAUGCGCACCAUACGGAGAAAAGCUAAACAAGCAAAUGAGCGGGAUUACCGUUAUCAGGUGGGUGAGGGUAUAAUGCGCAACCUGGUGAGGCGCUACGUGACGGUGCAGCAGCGCCGCGCCGAGAGCGGCGGGGUGACGGAGGACGACGUCAACGAGAUCAAGCAGGACGUCAGCGCCUUCCGCUGCGAGCUCGUCGAGAUCCUGCGCAACUCCGGCAUGAACACCUCCACCGUUAACGCCGGAGCUCCAGGCGGCGGAGGCGGUAAAAAGAACCGACAGAAGGAGCGCAGACUCAUGAAAGGGUUUAACAUCGCUCCGGGCGGGUCGCUGGCACCCGUGGACGAGUUCCUGGCCUCGCUGCAUCAUGAGCACGGCGGUUCGCACGGCGCAGCGCACCACGCCUCGCUGACAGCGUUGCUGGGCACUAGGCUGCGCGCUAGCCAGUCCAGCCUGUCGGACGGUGCCAGUGCCGCUGGGCUGGCAGCCGCGCGCCGCAAGCCCGCCUCGCACAAGCGUCGCUGGGGCACUAUCAUCGAGGCCGCUCGUGCUGCGCGUGUGUCGCGGCUCAUUGGACGCUCUAGGUCUGAGGAUUCUGUCUGCGAUCAUGCGCGACAAACACCUAGUGGCAGUGACCGCUCCGACUCGGGCAGCGACUCACAGCGCAGUCCGGAGCGCACUUCUCGCAGCGGGCCGCUGCACCCGCUGUCCGCACUCGCAGCACUCAAACGCAAGCGCAAGAAGUUUUCGGAUUCGCGGCGAGCGGGGGCGGAAGCGCGCGCUGCAGCCGGGCCAGAGGCACUGCAGCGCGCCAGCUCGGUGCCGGCGCGGCCGCCGCCCUUGGCAGGCCCGCUACCGCGCCCGCCUCCGCCACCAGCCUCCGUAUCACCCUCCACCACGGCCGAGAGCGUGGCGGCCCGCGGCGGCAGCCGGGAGCCGCUCCUGGCCAGCUUGGAUGACGAUGCACAUAAGGAGGCGUGUGGGCGCUGCGGAUACGAGGCGAGCGAGGUGGCGGGCGAGGCGCCGCCCACGGACGACGAGGGCGCGCCCUGCGGGCGCUGCGCGGCGCUGGCGCGGCUGGCGGGCGUCACCCCGCUGCACGGCCACGCGCCGCACCACUCCGCCGGCUGGCUCUAGGGCCCGGCGCCAGAGGGAGGCGUCUGAACUCACUAUCAUCGUCCGUUCCAGAACAGCACAAUUAUUUGCUAAUCGCACUGCGCUGUAGCUGUAUUAGUUAAAUGAGAGAAGAAAAUUAAUUAAUUAAUCAUAAUUAUGGUGUUUUGACAAAGAAAACCAAUCAGUAGUUUGCACUGAAAACAUACCGUAUUAAGUACUUAAUUGUAUAAUACUUAUGUAACACCUGCAGGGAGUGAUCAUUCCCACGUAGUAUUUGUCAUUGUCAAAACAUGAAGACCAUCAUAUUGCCUGGGACCCAAAGCCACACUCAGCUGGUAGAGUACUGUAGCACAUGAGCACAUCCCAACAAGACGGCCACAGCAUUCGGUUGACCAACUGUAAGAGUUAGGCAUCGGUAGAGUAGACUGGUACAUGACCAUGUGUGUAGUGCAUGCUAACAUUAUAUGAACACAAUAUUACUAUCGAUAUUUAGCGGAUUAUCUUCCUAUAAUAGAUAUUAUAACGAAGACAUAUUUUAUCAAACACCAACUAGUUAAGUAGCUACAAAAAUAUUGUAAUGUGUAGGUAGAAUAAGGAUUUUAUUAUAUUGCAUUUGUAAGAAAUUAUUUUAUAUACGUUUUAAGAUAACUUUAUCUGAAGUAGGUACUGGCAGUGGGUUGACUAGCACAAAGAGCAACAUAAGUAUUUAUUUAUUUUGCAAUAUUGUUAGAUAUGUCACGACUCCACUAAGUAUUUCUAGACUUCGUGGAAAGAACAAGACGUUUCUGUGAUAUCAUCAGGAUAACAUUAUGAUGUAAUGCAUAACUUUUUGGAGAUAUUCUACCUCCAGCUCACGACACGUAGGUGAAUAUCUAAUAGGUAGUAGCACCAGCCUCCGAGGCCCAGAUGUAGUAUCCACCGUUUGUAAGUUCGUUACACGUUUGGCCCGACACUUCUCCAGACUUCUACUUACUUACUUAAUUAUCCGAUAAAGACGAAUCAGUCAACCCCUGUUUGUACAGUGGCGAUUAGUAAUAUAAGGCAUCUACUAAUAGCCAAUAAGUUACUAAAUAUAAUCAUGAUGUGUUCCAGAAAGUUUUCCAAUUAUAAGUUACUCGGUCGGCGCACACUGAAAUAGUGCUACUUUUAUAAUAAGUGAGGACGAACAAUAUGAAACAGGGAUUUUUAAAAGAAACAUGUUAUACCUACUUACCUAAAUAUCCGAUGCCGGUAUGUAAUACCCUGACUUUUUGUAAGACACGUUAGGUUAAGUAGAAGGUAAACGAAUAGGUGUUAAUAAAGUGUUGUCAUUAUUUUAAAUCGAUUCAAUCAACAUCUGAGCUCGAACAGAUUCUGCUGUGUUUACAAGUUUUAUUUAUUUGUAUAGUAAGAAAAGAGAAUACCUAGUCAAUAUUAAGAGGCAUCAGGAAUAUGUAGUUGUGGAUGUGAAGACGUGAGUGUCUGUCAGUAUCACAGACGGACGACGAGCGCGUCGUGACUCACCUAUACGUAGUUACCUAGGUACCUCCAGAGAUAUAUUAUAAAUACAUAUCUAGAAGCAGGGCACCGGGUGCUUCAUUUUGUAUUCUUCGUAACGGAUAGCAUUCAUCACCUUUUCUAAAAUAUUAACAGCGACAAAUGUAACGCCCGCCUGAUGGCCAUCUUAAGUACCUACUUCCAACACGCAUGCGUUACAUAACUAAUAAGUAAGUGUCAGUCCUGUCUACAGUAGGUACCAUUAUGUAGAUCUAUAUUUAAUGUAUAUUUAUAUAGAUACAAUUUGUAUACGUCAUUUGCGUUUGAUAAAAAAGCGCGUUGUAUCAAACACCCUUUCGUAUUAUUUUUGCUUAGAUAUUGACAUAAAUAUGCAGAACAAUAUAGCACCAUAGACGGCAGCACAUUUAAAAAAAUUACAACUUUAGGCAUCCUCGGUAGGUAUGUCAAUGAUGUGAACGUGACGUUCUAGUGUAAGUACCCCCGUUUGCGUAGAGUGAAUGUGAUGCGCUCGUCAGUCUGCCACAUAUCGUAUAUCGUCCCCAUGUACGGCUGCUAUGUAUCAUUGUUUAUCUUAUAGUUCACAAGUGCUGGCUCUGAGUGGCCAGCACGACCAGAGGCCUUCGUGUUUAGUUGUUCGCCGCGGCUCGACCAUACCGGGCACUCAGCCGCGCCGACACAUAAUCGAUUAUAUUUUGUAAAGAAUUGUUAUUUAUUUAUACAUUAUUACAUUAUAUUUGUAUAUAACGGUGCGAAGUUUA